AUGUCAAUCAGUUCUUAUAUUGCUACUAUUGGUAGUAUAUCAACAGCAGCAUUGAUUCAUUUAUUAAAUGAAAAACAAAAAGAAUUACUUGAGGUAAAACAUAAAUUAAAUUUAAAAUUAGAAUCAGUUAUAAAUGAACGGGAUUUAACAACAACAAAAUUAAAUAAAUUAAUUGAAAAUUCAAAUUUACAAAUUAAAAAUGGUUCAAUAUCAAAUGAUAAAGAAAUUAAUAAAUUAAAAUUAGAAAUUAUUGAAUUAACUAAUCAAAAUGAAAAAUUGACAAAAAUUGACCAGGGGUUAAAUAAAGAAAAUGAUUCUAUUAAAUCACAAUUAAAAUCAUUUAACGUUCAAAUAUCUCAAUUAACUCAAGAAUUAGAAUCAUAUAAAACUAAAUAUACUACAUUGGAAAAACAAAAUGAAUUUAGAUUAAAUUCUUAUAUUGAAUCAAUUAUAGUUAAAAAAGAUGAUGAAAUUUCACAACUUCAAACUAAAUUAAAUGAAUCCUUGGAAAAUAUAAGGGAACUCAAAGCUUCAUUUGAAAAUUUUAAAAGUGGGAAUAACAAAAUUAUCUUUGAAUUAAGAGAAAAAUCAUCAAAUGAUUUGAAUGAAAAAGAUAAACAAAUUAACGAAUUAGAAGAUGAUUAUAAAACAAUGAAAACUGAUUUUAUACAAGUUAAUAAAAAUUUAAAAGAUUCAAAAGAGGUUAUAAUAAAUUUUGAAAAAAUGAAAGAAGAAUUAAAGAUAACUCAUCAAUUAUUAAAUAAAGAAAUAAGUACUGAAAAAAAAAUAAAAUCUGAAAUGGUUGAAAAAAUGUCAUUUUUAGAAGAAACCUUAGCUAAUUAUAGAUCUGAAAUUUCAAAAUUAUCUAAAAAGAAUGAAAAUUAUGAAGAUAUAAUAAAUGAAAUUUAUUUAAUUUUAUAUGAAAAUUUACCAACUCCAAUUGAAUUAAGAAAUAUCUCUUCAAGCGAAGAUGAUAUAGAUGAUUAUGAAGAUAUUGGAAAUGAUGAUAAUGAUAAAGUUCAAAUCUUGCCUCAUAAAUCUUCAAUUGUUAUAAAUUAUGAUAAGGUAAUACCGAGAGUUAAAGAUUUUAUUGAUGAUUAUGAAGAUAAAAUAAGUGAUUCUCGUAAGGAAAACAAUGAUCUUGCUAAAGAAAAUGAUAGAUUAAAAGAUGAAAAUAGUAAAUUAAAGGAGAUUAUCGCAAGUUUUGAAUCAAAAUUAAGUAAAACAAUUCAUUCAAAAAAUAAUUUUCAAGAAACAAUUACUAGUUCAGAGGAAAUUGAUGAAGAAUCUGGAAUGAAAGUUAAAGAUGUAACUGAUUUACAAGAAAAUGGUGAGUUAAAAGAUGGUGAAACUGAUCAAAAGGAUGCACAAGAAAAUACUUCUCAGAUAGAAACAAAAGAUAGUGAAGUUGAUCCAUUAGACGAUUCAAAAGAAGUAAAAGUGGAAACUAAUCAAGAUGAAUCUGUUCAGGAUAAUUCAAAAGAUACUAAAUCAGGUACUCAAGAAGAUGUUAAAUCAAGUGAAACUCAAGAUGGUUCAAAAGAUACAGAAUCAACUACAUUGGAACACAGCACCAAUUGA